AUGGGCAAAGAAAUCGAGACUGGAGAAACGCGUGAGACCUGGCGUACAGACUCAUCACGUUCAGUCGACAUCCAAGAUGUCUCAGCAACCCCAAUAGUCGAGCCCAAGAAACCAUGGUGGCACCCGAUCAAAGAGCCUGGAUCAGCCGCUCAAAUUGUCAUCUCUGCGUUGGUCGCCAUCGCCAUCGGCCUCGCUGUGACCAGCACCGUCGACUCUGUGCCCGAGGCUUGCACUGAGAUUCUCGGCAUCCCAGGGACGACCUGGCUUCGAGCGUUGAGGGCGACUGUCCUGCCUCUGAUCAUCACCUCCCUCAUCCUCGCAAUUCAGUCACUCCGUGACCUGGGCAGCGGCAAUGGCGCUCUCAUUGCGAAGUGGACACUGGGUUACUAUAUCGUCACUACCAUUAUUGCUAUUGUUUUUUCCAUCUUAACUGUUUCUCUCGGCUGGUCGCGCCUCAUGGUACCAGUUCAAGGCGAAGACAGAGAAGAGAGUGACCCAGAUGGGGAAAAGGUCCAGCCUCACGAGGCUGUGGUCCUCUUGUUCGAGACAUUGAUACCACAGAACAUCUUCAAUGCCUUGGCCGAAGACACCUUGCUGAGCGUGAUGGUGGUUAGUAUCAUCGUGGGCUACCUCCUCAAUCGCGACAGCCCUAUCCUCAGGGUUGUCAAGGAGAUUGAAGAGAUGGUUAUCAAGAUCAUCAUAUUUCUCAUCAAGCUCGCCCCGAUCGGUGUCUUCUUCCUCAUCCUCCCCAACAUGUUCCAGCUGGACAUCUCGGAGAUUGGGCAGAACCUUGGAGUGUUGAUUGGGGCCGCACUGUCGGGCAUGUUUAUCCACAUGUUUUUCACGCUGGCAAUCAUUUUUGCGGUGUUGGUGAGGGAAAAGCCUUACACCUUCUUCCUGCGUAUCUCGCCAGCUUGGAUGACCGCUUGGGGUUCUGCGAGCUCGGCUGCUACGCUGCCCGUCACCAUGCGGACGACGAUGGCGCAGGGGGUUCCGGUUACUGUGACCAAGUUCGCAGUACCAGUUGGAUGCCUUGUCAACAUGGAUGGAACCGCCAUCUAUUUCCCUGUUGUGGUGACGUUCAUGGCUGCUACUCAGGGAAUGUCCCUUGACGCAGCGCAGUAUGUGAUAAUAAUGUUGCUCUCUACGCUGGCAACGAUCGGGGCGUCGCCAAUUCCGAGUUCUUCACUCGUGCUCACGGUGAUGAUCUGUGAGGCUGUGAACAUUCCCAUCACUGGGAUGUAUGCCGUCGUCGUGGCUAUUGACUGGUUUUUGGACCGUUUCAGGACUGCUGUCAACGUUUCUGGGGAUUGCUUCGCGGCCGAGGUGGUUGCGAAAAUGACUGGUAUCAAAGACGGCGACUACGAAUAUGAUGAGGAUGUAGUUGAAGAUGCUGCAGUGAGGAGGGAUGGGAAUGAACAAGUUUGA